CUGUCCGUCUGUCCGUCUGUCCGUCUGUCCGUCCGUCUGUCUGUCUGUCUGUCUGUCUGUCUGUCUUUCUCCAGGGUACCGUCUACACGAAGACAAACGCAGAGAUAGAGAUGAAGAAGAUCAACAGAGAGGAGUUCUGGGAGAAAGCCAAGCGGGAGGAGGAGCUAAGGAAGGAGGAGGACAGGAAAAGGGUAGCGGAGGAGCGCCAGCGGUUUGAGGAGGAGCGGAUGGAGCUGGAGAAGAAGGAGCAGGAGGAGCGAGAGAGGCGGUACAGGGAGAGAGAGAGGGAGAUCGAAGAGCAAAGAAAGAAGACGCAGGAAGAGGAGGAGGCCAAGGAGAGAUUACGGAGCCAGCCAACCAUGCCUGCAGAGCUGAGCACUGAGGAGCUGCAGGAACGAAAGGAAUCUGAGGAGGCGAAGGCGAUCAUCGCCCAGCGGUCUGAUAACCCUCGGGAGUUCUUCAAGAAGAAGGAGAGGGGAGUUCAGAGUGUUGACUCCUCCCCCGCAGCCCGGGUCCGCUCUGGUCGUGUGGACAGUCCGUUCUUCCGACAGCAGCACAGCGUCAGCGAGCCCAGCUCAAGCCCCGCCCCUCGGGGCCCCUCCCCCCUACGCAUACCGACGUUCACCGUGAGCGCGGACCGCGGCGUGACCCCCACCCCCAAGAUGGUGACCACCCCCGAGCCCAGCCCAGCCGAGGACGCCUCGAAGCCGGAGCAGCCAGCUUCAGAGGCCACGCCCCCCAAGUCUGACGCCACGCCCCCAAGACCGGUCCAGAGCGUGGCCCCCCAGGCCCGGGACCCUGACCCCGCCCCCUGGGGCUCUGCGACGGACAGCCUGGUGGACGUAUGGGACACCGCCCCCGCUGCCGCCGCCCCCGCCGCCGCCCCCGCCCCCGCCCCCGCCUCCGCCCCCGCCCCCGCCUCCCAGUCCACCAAUCUGGUGGACCUGAUGGGUGACAUCGCCACUGAGACUCCGCCCCCGCGCCCGCAGCCGCUGCUCAGCUUCGAUGACAUCAUGGACGCGUCGCAUUGCUCCGCACCCGUCGUGGAGGACGAGCCCAGCAGCCUGGUGGACGUGGCGGGGAUUGAUCACAUGACCCUCAGCUACCAGCAUGCACUGCAGCACGCGGCGGGGGAGGGGCCCGAGGGGGAGGACGGAAAGCGGCUGUUGACCAAUGGGGAGACAGCGCUGAAGGAGGGAACCCAGGCGAGUGAGGGCUACUUCAGCCAAUCACAGGAAGACGAAUUCGGCCAAUCGGAGGACACCACAGCUAAGCCGACGCCUGUGUUCUAUAACAAGCCACCAGAGAUUGACAUCACCUGCUGGGACAACGAUCCUGUGGAUGAAGAUGACGACUAGCUGACCAAUCAGGGGCUGCUGCCAGACCAGGAAGAGGAACAAGUGCAUCGUUAGGAAACUGUUUUUUUUUUUACAAAACACAAAAAGUAAUAAGUCUUGCAUCCUCCUCUGUAUAAUACCCUAGAAAGAAACUAACAUUAGCCCCCUGGAAAGGUUUGGAGUUUCUGUUUAAGGAAAUAUGGGUUUAAGAAAUCUUGAUUUAUUUGAUAAUUUCUGUUUUCUAUUUUUCUGCAUUUGUUAUUUUUAUUUAUUGUUUUGAAUGUGUUGCUGCAGAUAUAUGAGCUGGAAGCUGAGAAUCCUUAUUGAAGUGUGUGAUUGCUACGCUAUGGAGCUAAGCUAGCUAGAGCUACGCUAUGGAGCUGAGCUAUCAACGGCGAUAGUCAGCUAGAGCUAUUGUAUUUAGAUGAACUAGCCCUGGCCAGGGUUAGCCAGAGCCACAGCCAGCUAUGGCUGAGUUUGCUAAACCAUACAGUAGCUUAAGCUAAAACGUAUAUAUGGCUUCAUACAGUAGGUUUAGCUGUAUCUCUGGUUAGCCCAGCCCCAUACAGUAGCUCUCACUUUUUAGAUCUAGCUAGCAGUUGCUCCAGCUAACUGUAGGUCUGGCAAGCUAGCUCUCUGCCUCAACAGCAUUCAUUCUCUAUUAAAUUAGGAUGCUGUUAGCUGCUUCCAUCUGUCUUGUUCAUGUACGCUUUUAUUUUGAAACCCAAUUCCUCUAUUUCCUUUUCCUGUCUGUUGCUACAGAGACAGAAUAGAUACUAGCUGUUGAUCCCCACUCACGCGUUACUAACUCGUUGCUACUAACAUGUCAACAUGUUGAGUUACUUUUAAAACAUGUCAGGCGUUAGGGUCAGAAAGAGCGAGGGAGGGAGGGUGAGGAGAGGACUGAAGUGGUGGUUGUGGUGAUAGGGCUUCAAACUAAGACUUCCUUUACAUUCUAUACAUCUCAAACCAGGUCAGUGUGAUGUCCGGUGUUGCGGUUUGACGUAACUGGUCGCUUCAGUUGGUAGUUGUGCUACCACGUGACCUUUUGUCUAAACUCCACCCGACCGGGGGAUGAAACAAACCAACGCUAGGCCUGUGAGGCUGAAGUGCUGCCUGCGGUGUUCGCUUGAUGCUUCAGCUCCUCCCAGCCCAGCGGGAGGCCUCGUAUGUUUGUCUCGCAUACUUACCGAGUUCAUGCUGAUUUGUUAAAGAAGCACAUCCUGUCACCCCAGGAGGUUCACAGGAAGGAGCAGCGGAGUCUUGUACGCUUCACUUCCUGUCGGGACGAGCGCUCCAACCGAUGGAUCUCUUGUGUUGCUUUGUGGUGUUCUGUGUGAAAUGCAAUAAUACCCAUAUUAAUAAAAAUACAGUAAGAGCACUGAGGCUGGACAGCUGGGAACUCAUAGCUCCGCCUCAUUAUUUGGGCAAUAGGGCUCCCUCAUUGGUGCAGCUGUUGAUAGCUGGAGUGGCCUCGUCUCUGAUUGGUGGAGCUGGAGUGGCUUUGUCUCUGAUUGGUGGAGCUGGAGCUGAGGUUUUUCUUCUUUGGUAGACCAGCGUGUAUCUUAAGGUAUUGAAACAGUCUUUAAAGAAUUUAUUUAAAGAGUGCCUUGAGGAAUCUGUCCUUUCUAGUGUUCAUUCAUGAAAAGGAAUGACUCGUAGAACGAAUCACGACAACUGAAAUCCUAUUCUGCCCGAGCCAAAUCUUCCACUGAAGCUAAAUCAAAUCGUAUGUUGACACGUUCCUCACGAGAUGUCAGCUGCUGUACUAUUUGCCUAUAGUCGUAGUAUUGACAGUAUUCGACUAUAGUUCUACUAGAAUUUGACUAUUAGUGCAACUAUUAUUUGACUAUAGUCCUACUAGUAUCCCACUAUACUUCUGCUUCGGUACUGACCCGUUGAAACCAUCCUGAUCAGUUUCUGAUCAGCAUUCCAAUAAAUCUCCAAGGGCUGAUUGAUCCUCCACUCCUAGGGUUCUGAACGAUGGUUUCAACGGGAUCGACCUCCGAGAUCAGCAGGUCCCACAAGGCCACCUCCGGUCUUUACUCACUCCUUUGAUUUCCUCUUCUUAGCGACAGUACUGUUAGUAUCUCAUACAGUAGCGACGUAGCAUUGCAGCUAACGCCUUGUAGCACUUUCCCUUCUGUGAGGUCUAGAGUUCGGAGACGGUGGCGCAGCUCCUGCCAAUAAGGGACGCUGCGUCGCGUCAGCGAGGGCUCGUCAUGUGGUCGUUAUCGUAGGCUUCAUCUAGGUCCUCCCCUGGUUGUGGUGAAGGUGUGUGUACCCGGUGUGGACGGUUAGUUCCCGCCUUUUCCUCUGGCUGGCAGAACAACGACAGCAGGCUGGGUUCUCUAUCCCCCCAGGACCCCCCCAGGACCAAGGUCCCUAGCUGGUCUGCACCCUGUUGUCUCAGACCCAUCCUAUUACUGACCCCUGACCCUUGACCCUUGACCCCAGGCAGGCAGCGGGCACAAGGCUUCGCCCGCGCUCCGGAACUCACCCCUCUGGAGAUCCAGACGUUCUGAUUGGAUCAGACUCACCUGGGCCACGAAAGCAAUAACCCCCCCCCUAAAAAGAA